AGUGCAAUUCUGAUGAGCGAUUCGGAGACAUCUGUGGAUUCCCUAAAGAGUGGAUCGCACGCGCUGAGAAGCAUGAGAAACCCGUGGCGGUGGCCCCGGAGCGCCGUGUUGGAAUACUGGACAGCGGUCAUGGUGUGCCUUGUUUGGAUUCAGUGUUCUUGCGGGAUGCCGCAUGUCAUACGGAUAGGAGGGAUUUUUGAACAAACGGAUGGUCCAGUCUCACUUGUCAGUGCUGAGGAGCUGGCCUUUAAGUUUGCCGUCAAUAACAUCAACAGAAACAGGACAUUAUUGCCAAACACAACAUUAACGUACGACAUCCAGCGGAUUAAUAUCUAUGAUAGCUUUGAGGCCUCAAGGAAAGCUUGUGACCAGCUGUCUUUAGGUGUUGUGGCCAUAUUCGGGCCAUCUCAUAGCUCCUCGUCAAAUGCAGUACAGUCCAUCUGCAAUGCACUGGAGGUUCCACACAUCCAGGUGAGGUGGAAACAUCACCCCAUGGACAACAGAGACACAUUUUAUGCCAACUUGUAUCCGGACUACUCCUCCCUCAGCUACGCCAUCCUGGAUCUGGUACAAUUCCUCAAGUGGAAAACAGCCACUGUGGUGUAUGAUGACAGCACUGGUUUGAUUAGACUCCAGGAGUUGAUCAUGGCCCCUUCCAGGUACAAUAUAAGGCUGAAGAUCCGACAACUCCCUCUGGAUACUACUGACACCCGCCCCCUGCUGAAGGAGAUGAAGAGGAGCCGAGAGUUUCGCAUCAUCUUCGACUGUAGCCAUAUCAUGGCUGCACAGAUUCUUAAACAAGCUCAGAUGAUGGGAAUGAUGACAGAGUACUACCACUACAUCUUCACUACUCUGGAUCUUAUGGCCAUCAAUCUAGAGCCUUACCGUUUCUGUGGUGUCAAUAUGACUGGUUUCCGUAUCCUAAAUGUGGAUAAUCCUCAAGUGGCUUCCAUUGUGGAGAAAUGGUCCACAGAGAAGCAGAUCCCUCCAAAACCUGACUCUGGUCUCCUGGAAGGAAUUAUGACGACAGAUGCUGCUCUGACAUAUGACGCGGUCCACAUUGUAUCCGUCUCCUAUCAGCACGCACCCCAGAUGACAGUCAACUCUCUGCAGUGUCAUCGCCACAAGCCCUGGAGGUUCGGCGGGCGCUUUAUGAGCUUUAUUAAGGAGUCUCAGUGGGAUGGCCUGACUGGACGUUUGUGUUUCAACAAGACCACUGGCCUGAGGACAGAUUUUGACUUAGACAUUGUCAACCUGAAGGAGGAUGGCCUGGAAAAGGUGGGAAAGUGGAGUGCUUCAGGAGGCCUGAACAUCACAGAGCUCCCGAAGAGGAAUGGCAUGAACAUCACUGACUCACUCUCCAACCGCUCCCUGGUCAUCACUACAAUACUGGAGGAGCCAUAUGUCAUGCUUAAGAAGUCUGACAAGGCACUUGUUGGAAAUGACCGCUUCGAGGGCUUCUGCAUUGACCUGCUGAAGGAACUAGCUGGUAUUCUGGGGUUUUCUUAUGAGAUCCGUUUAGUGGCUGAUGGGAAAUAUGGCUUCCAGGAUGACAAGGGCCAGUGGAAUGGCAUCAUAAAAGAGCUUAUAGACCAUAGAGCAGAUUUGGCUGUAGCUCCUCUUACCAUCACCUUUGUGAGGGAAAAGGUGAUUGACUUCUCCAAGCCAUUCCUGAACACAGGGAUCAGCAUCCUGUAUCGCCGGCCAAACAGCACAAACACUGGGUUCUUCUCCUUCCUUAAGCCCAUGACCCCUGAUAUCUGGGUCUACAUCCUGCUGGCCUACCUGGGUGUUAGCUGCGUACUAUUUGUCAUUGCCAGAUUUAGCCCUUAUGAGUGGUAUGAUGCCCACCCAUGCAACCCAAGCUCUGAUGUGGUGGAGAACAACUUUACACUCCUAAACAGCUUCUGGUUUGGCGUGGGCUCUCUCAUGCAGCAAGGUUCUGAGCUGAUGCCCAAAGCUCUCUCCACACGGAUUAUUGGGGGCAUCUGGUGGUUCUUCACCCUUAUCAUCAUCUCCUCCUACACAGCCAACUUGGCAGCUUUCCUCACUGUGGAGAGAAUGGACUCGCCUAUUGACUCGGCUGAUGACCUGGCCAAACAGACCAAAAUUGAAUAUGGUGUCGUAAAAGAUGGAGCUACUAUGUCAUUUUUUAAGAAAUCCAGAGUCUCAACGUUUGAAAAGAUGUGGGCCUUCAUGAGCAGCAAACAGAGCACAUCGCUUGUCAAGUCUAUUGAAGAUGGCAUCCAAAGGGUUCUGAAAUCUGACUAUGCCCUGCUUAUGGAGUCUACAACCAUUGAAUAUGUCACUCGCAAGAACUGUAACCUAACCCAAUUUGGAGGCAUUAUUGACAGCAAGGGUUAUGGCAUUGGCACCCCUAAAGGCUCACCAUACAGAGACAAAGUGACCAUAGCCAUCUUGAGCUUGCUGGAGGAUGGACGUCUACACAUGCUAAAGGAGAAGUGGUGGAGUGGAAGUAGUUGUCAGGAAGAUGAGCGCUAUGAAACAGGCCCAAUGGGCAUCCAGAACCUGGGUGGCAUCUUCAUUGUGCUGGCCUCAGGCCUGGUGCUUUCCAUUUUUGUGGCUAUAGGGGAAUUUAUCUACAAACUUCGGAAAACUGCAGAACGUGAACAGGUCUUUCUGCAGUGCAGUGGUGGAAGAGAUCAGACUGUCGUUCACGUGCGAGAGAAGAGUGAAACACAAGCGGCACCAUGCACCACUCACAGUGAAGACGGACGCCGUGAUCAACAUGCACACCUUCAACGAGCGCCGUCUACCAGGAAAGGACAGCAUGAGCUGCAGCAGCGCUGCAAUGACGCCCGCGUUUCCAUGACAUGCCUGGGGGACGGUCACUUGAGGCACAUGCCCAGCGCUGUACCCGAGAGCAUGGACUAUGGCUCUGAAAUGAUAACAGCAUUCACCCUCAACCGCAGAGACACCCGCAACCACACAGCCAAGCAGAAUGGUGGUGCAAGCAGCAACCCAGGUAAUGACCAUGUCCUCAAACCUAUGUAUCCCACCAUGCCAUUGAGGGAGGGAGGACGCUCUGUGUCUUUUCUCUGAGAGAGAGAGAGAGAGAGAGAGAGAGAGAGAGAACAAUGAGGCCAGAGCUAGCUAGGACCUAGUCUGAUGUUUAUGUAUGAAAAACACAUGUUCACCAUCUGUUCACUGAAAAUCAAGGAGUGCCCAGUAAACCCAACCACCCCUACCCCCCCCACCCCAAAUCCCAUACACACAGAGAAGAAAAGAGACAAGCAAGCAAUCUAUUGAAACUAAUGAUUUAAGAGAGAUAAGAUGCUUCUUUGAAGUAUGGCAAUAAAAGAACUCCAAACUGACACAAGGGGAGUAGAUUUCUGUCCUGGAGUACCAUUUAUAGCACAUCAAAUUAAUUUUCAAAAUUUGUGCUUUCAGCAUUUUUAUUUGGGUUUGUAAAGUGCUGAGGGUCUUUGGCACUACUCGGGAGA